GGACAGUGUGUGUGUGUGUGUGUGUGUGUGUGUGUGUGUAGACGCAAACAAGCUCAGAAUCAUCAGGCCGUCUCUUCCCAGAAGCCUUCAGACAUCAACUCCUUCCGUCUCUCACGUCGAGUAGAACACUAACAGCUCGAGUUGGCGGUGAGGGCGGAAGCUAGUAGCGGCAGCCAUUUUAGAGCUAGUUAGCAGUUCCAGUGUGAGCUGCACAAGAUGCCCACCGGGAAAGGCGGUGGAAAUCUCUGAAGAGGCCGAGUCACAACGCCAGAGACCUCCUGGCUCGUGCUGACCGAGAAGGUCCCAAGCAUUUUUUCUGAUUGAGAAAGCGGUGCUCCUAGAGCAGCGCUUUGUUUCACUUAAACGGGAAGACGGAAGUCGUCAGGCUGGAGUGUGUCCUGAUGGCCGAGUCAGAGACUGAGUGCGACACACCAGGCCUCGAUACGUUGGGGUCUGAGUGUGUCAUAACUCACACGCAAGUCGGUGACUUGCAUUAUGGAGCGGAGACCGAGAUUAUGACUCAAGAGGACAAAAGGCUUGACCUAGAAGCCAUUCACGGCGAUCUUGGUGCCGUGGCUUGUGUUGAUGCUGUAACGGAAACAGACCAUGAUUACACCAAGGCUGAGAUACAUCAUGACCCACAGUACUUUGGAAGUGCAGACAUGAAAGGAAGCGAGGCUCUGCUUGGUGAAGUGCUGCUGAAGGCAGAGAUGGGUGGAGCUGGUCCAGACCAUGUGGUGAAGGAUGAGUCGGACCAUGGAGGAGAGCUGACAGUGGAGUCAGAGAACGGUGUAAUCAUUCAUGAGGCUCAUGGUCUUCAGUGCAACGAGUGCGGGGAGAUAUUCGGAAGCAUGACCGAUCUCCAUCAACACUUUGAAAUGCAUAAAGCAACCCAUCCUUACAUUUGUAUCCAGUGUGGUGAGAGCUUUGCUGUGGAAGCUAGUCUGAGAGGUCAUAUGAAGAUACACAUGAAGGAGAAGGGCUACGCCACCACUGGCGUGGAGAUGGUUGGUAAAGGAGUCAUCGACGCGUUCAAUCUUAAGCCACAUCAGAUGUUGCACUCCCCCGAAAAGCCACACAGAUGCUCAGAAUGUGGGAAAAGCUUUGCUGCAGCUAUCACGCUAAGAGAGCAUAUGAAAAUGCAUUCUGAUGACAAACCUUACAAAUGUACUCAGUGCAGGAAGAGUUUUGUCCGCAGACGCCAUCUUAAGAAACACCAGGAGCUGCAUGCUCGUGAGAAGCCAUUCACCUGCCCACAGUGUGGGAAAGGCUUUGCUACGGCUUCCAAUUUGAAACAGCAUCAGAAGACCCAUGCAGGUGACAAACCACAUCGAUGCUCCCAGUGUGGCAAGUGUUUUGCUGCAGCAGCCACCCUGAGAGAACACCAGCGAAUCCACUCUGGUGAGAAACCCUAUAAGUGUAACCAGUGCCGGAAGAGUUUUGUAAGAAAACGCCACUUGAAGAAACACCAACUGGUGCACCAGGGUGGCAAGCCCUACCGAUGCACUCAGUGCGACAAAGGUUUCAAUCACUCCUCGUCCCUGUCACGACACCACAAAGUCCAUUUGGAGGCCAAAAUGUACGCCCAGCCCGAUAAAGAGUUCCCCUUUGAGACCCCCAUGAAGAGGGGAAUGCAUACAGGUGAAAAGCCAUACAGCUGUAACCACUGUGAGAAGAGCUUCAAUCACUCUUCAUCGUUGUCUAGGCACCAGAGGACUCAUUCUGAUGGGAAAUCCUACACUUGUGCCCACUGUGGCAAGAGGUUCAAUCAUUCCUCUUCUCUUGCAAGACACCAACGUGUCCAUUUGGAUGAGAAGACCUCUUAUAGUGCUAUUCCCACAGGAAAAGGAUUCCCUCCUACUACCAUCUUAAAACAGAGGAUUCUGCAGAGUGAGAAACCAUACCGUUGUUCUCAGUGUGGAAAAGGAUUCAAUCACUCCUCUUCUCUUUCAAGGCACCACAGAAUUCACAUUGAUCAGUAAGCUCACCACCAAAAGUGGCUGUUAUUUUGCAGUUCGUCCCAACUUGUUUUCAGGCCAACCCCAAAUCUAACCUCAUAAUUAGAAUAAAUGGAAGAAAUACAAUUUUGCGACAGAUCUUGAGGCUAUAAUUAAAGAGAAACUUCUGGUUGUGUCCUUUAACCUGACAUAAAGAGCGAUGAUUUUCAAAUACUGGUUUGAUUGACCUUGAGCUGACGCUGAUCCUGUGCAACUUGCAUAUAUCGCUUGCUGCUUUUAAUUGGACAUCUCUAAUAAUGUAGCAAUUGAAUGCUUGAUGACCAUUUAUGCUCUUGCUCAUACUCUUUAAAAAGUAAUUAUGCCAGAUAGCUUCAAAGCCUGUUUUGAGAUUUGGACAUACAAUUGGUGACCAGUUGUUUGGGAUACUGGAGGAAACAACCACCCACACACCCCCAAAGUCUGUGUAUCUUUACUUAGUGUCUUUUUCAUGGCCUGUUCAGAAACUACCAUUUGUAAAUAGGUGUUAAUUUUUAUAUACAUGUGUAUAGGCGCGUGUGCAGUUCUUUUACACAUUGAGCAUUUUUGUAUGACUCAGUCUGUCUUAACCAUCUUCAUUUUGAGAAUAAGAUGGUGCUUGAACGUUUUACUGGCUCCAGGUAAGCUGUUGGCACUGCAAGUCUGCAUAAAAUUUGUUCCAAAGUUACUCAAGUCACCAUUGUUUUCAGCAGCAAUUAAAAUCGGCUGAGCAGGGGUCAAACGAACUGAACAAAGACAGUUAAAUAGUAGCAUAACUUCAGUAAUGAACUUUUCAGACUUUAAAUUGAGCUGCAAAAACUUACCUGGGCUUGUUAAGAGCGACAAAUGUAGUCUUUUCUUUCGAAUUUUCCGAUUUCCUGACUUCUGAAUAUCUAGUUUUGACGGAUUAUAAAUAGUUGUAUACAUAUUCAAUGUAAUUUGAUCUAAAUGUUCCCUCGAAAGCAUUGCUUAACUGGUUUCCUUUGGUACUUAACAGCUUGAUACUAAUGGGUGAACUGCAUAUUUGCGUUCAAACCUAAUGUCAUCGCCGUAGAACUAGUUCAGACAUCCAUAUAUAUAAUCUGUAGUUAACUUAUAUUCUGGAUACAUGCAGCAAAUUUAUCAAAAUUUAGUCUAAUAGUGUGUAAUUAUCAGUACAAUAAAAUAGCUUGCGCUCUUCAUUCUUUCGAAAUUCCGAGAAGAUACACUUUCUACUUAAAGUACUGUGUAUGGGGGAAGAUCUUUUACAUACUGAUGUAUUUUUUUAAUAUGGUUUGGGUAAUCUGAAAGGGAAAAAGAGUAAUACUGUUUUUAUGGGAGUGAACAUUAUAUUGAACCUUUUUUUUUCUUUUUGAUUAACUGUGCUUCAACUCAUAGCAUAGGCUUUUUCAUUGUAUUAGAUAGGUGCCUUAUUGCAUGCUGUGUAGAAAUGUAUGUUGAGCUGUAAUAGGAAAAAAAAAAAAAAAAGGUUUGGCUCGUCUCCCUAUGUUUGCGUACUAACCAACAUAUUUUACUUUUGACUUUAGGUAAUUUUGGUUUUGCUUUUCUGUAUAUGAAUAUAUGUUUUUGCUGUUACUGCUGUCUUUUAAUUUCUCUGUUCAUCCGCUGGUCACAUUGUAGAAAAACUAAAGGUUUAAAAAAAGUUACACCACCUUUGAUCCAUAUUUUGAUUGCCCUAUUAAGUGGUCAGAUCUUGUUCCAUGUCUUUACCCCAUCUUUGAGUGGUGCACACAUGGAUAAAUAAAGGUUCUUGACUACC